AAAAAAAAAAAAAAAGAAAAAAAAAAAGAAAAAAUAAAAUGGCAGGAGACCGAAUUGAAAUGGGCUAGUACAUGUUUUCCCCCGUGUAUGUAGGAUAUAAUAUAUUAUUUUUACAAGUAUCCAUAAUCCGAUGUUAUAUCGCUAAUCGAAGUUCCGCGAACGAAGCUUUUAUCCUCGGCGAUAACAAAUAUAAUAGAAUAUUCGUCGAUGUUUCGUCGAAGUAAGAAACAAGAAUGCUGCUACCCUAACGAGAGUAAACCGAUGCCUUCUCGAUGGUUUAACUAGAUGAUUUUAAUAAUCGUAUCGAUUGAAAUAUAUACGCGAAGCAUGUAAAAAAAAAAAAAAAAGAAAGAAAAAAAAGAAAAAAAAAAGAAAAAAGGACGUAAAAAUAUUUUUCGAUCGUAGUUAUGCUACAAAAUGCAGUCUGUGUAUUUUCCGCGUCGCACGAUGUUUUAAUCUCACCAAAUGAUAUAUAAGAAUAUUAGAUAGGAGAAAGAAGUCGCGCACAAUAUUAUAUUUCACCGUUAUAGCGUAUAAGAAAUCCCUAUUUUGUAUGUUUCUUUCGGACCAAAUGCCAAUUUUUCUAUUGUAUCAUAUCACGCUGUUGUAUCGAGUAUCUCGAGAACAUGGUUCUUUUAGAAACGAUUCUUUUUGUAAAUGUCACGACGAUUUAGACGACCAGGAGAAACCGUGUGUAAAUUAUUCGUACGUUAUUAUAUAUGGGUACGCAUUAUACAACGUAUGCGUGUGUAUUCUAUUUAUAUACAACAAAGAAAAAAAAAAGAAAAAAAGAAAAAAAAAGAAAAGAAAGAUUGACAAAACGCGAAACAACGUCGUCCAAUGCGUUCCGCUUGUGCGUUCCAAUGUUUCCAAAUUGCGUUUUUUUUUAUCAGAUGGUCGUAAAUUACGUCCCUCCCUCCACUCACAUGUACCCUAUUAUUCACGAUUAAUCCGAUUUAAUCGAGCAAUGCGAAAGGAUUUUGAGUAAACGUGUAAGUUCUCGCCCCUCUCCCUUCGCGUAAGGGCGUACAAUUUAAAUUGUACGUGUUAAAUUAAGCAAUCGUCAUUGUCUCACACUCUUAUAUCGAUGUUGAAGCGUUGAAAAAAAAAAAAUUGUCACAGAGUCUAUUGUUAAUUGUCUCUCUGAAAUUGUAAAUGUGAAUCGCGAGCCGGCGGUUUCGGGGAAUUGUUUUUCUCGGCCAGUCGAUCAUUUAAGACGAAUCGUCGUUGUUCGAAAUAACGUUCGUGCAUGCACCAUGAUUAACGCAUAUAUAGGGACCACCUUCGUUCGGACCCCAGCCCCUUCAUCCUCCCCCAUUGAACACCGUAGAAUAAAACGAAUAAGAAGGAAGGAAAUAUGAUAUAUAGGAUCGAGAAGAGAAACGACCUGGAGAAAAAGAUACACCUCAUCGAAUUAUAAGUGUAUUUUAACAUAAUACUAGUCAACUUACAAUUUAGAUGAAGUUACGAAUACGGAUAUAAGUGUAUAGAUUUUUAUUCUACGAACGUUACGUCGAGAAUAUUUAAUUAUUAUUAUUAUUAUUAUUAUUAUUAUAUUAUUAUUAAUAUUAUUAUUAUUAUAUUAUUGAUAUAGAGUAAUUAUAUAUGGAGAAGAAAGAAAUAUAUCGAUGAUAUUUUUGUGUCCAAAAAACGCCAGUAGGGAGCACGAAUGAAUGAAAAUGUAUGUAUAUGUGUAUAUGCGUGUGUGUGAGAGAGAAAAAGAGGAAAAAAGAAAAAUAAAGAGAGAGAACACACGUCUGCAUGUUUCUCCGUUAUUUGUAACGAUAUAUGACCGUCUUUAUUCUUGUAAUCCGUGUUUCACUAGAAUGUAAAUAUGUAUAUUAUACAAUAAUGAAACACGAUUAUAUACUCAUUAAACGAGAUCGUUUUAUUUUGUAUACCUCUGCUCGUGCCAUUUAAUUAUACCUGUAAAGUGUAUUCUUCGAAAACAAGAAGUGACCAGACACGUAAGUUUAUUAGUUUCUAGUUGUGCAACGGACAACAGAUGCAGUUAAAAGCGGUUUAUCGCAUUUCGAGCUGUUUAAUCGAUACUUCGUGUUACCAAGAACAAUACGUCAGUGUUUCUAUUCACAUUCGUGCCACGAUCCUGCCGUUUCUCGAUCACCUCGCCCGGAUAUAAGCCGUUAUUUUCGCUAAACUACCGUUGUCCAACAACGCGCCUUUUAUAAUAUCACAUAGAUAAACUUUUCAAUUGCAAAUUGAAUAAUCAAUUUUUGGUGUUUUUUUAAAUAUCGUCGUUUGAUUGGUGUAAAACAAUAAUCAUUGGACUUAUCAAACUUAUCAAAAGCUUUCCGAGAAAAUGGUUCGAUUGCACGUGAAAAAAGGCGAGGAGAGCCAUUUUCUGUACGAUACUCACGUGGAGGCUCGGGUUGAAGACAUUAUAUACGAUAUUACCAUCAUUUACAAUGGCCGGCUGAAGGUUUCAAGAAUAUGUUACGAAAUCGAGGAAUUGAUCAAGCAUGGCACCAUGCUGCCUCAUAAUAUGAUGGGACUUACCGAUGAGCAGGUUGAAGAAUUGAAGCUCAAGGAUGAAUGGGGUGAAAAAUGUAUACCGAUGGGUGGUUGGACUUUCAACAAAGAUGUUAUUGGCCGCAGAAAUGGCAAACAACCUAACACGAAAAUGCAGGAGGUCUUGAAGAAAACGAUCGAGGAGGCACGAGCUAUGGUUUCGAAGAAAUUGAUACAGCAAGAGAAAUUGGUGACGCAGAAAACAGUCCAAGAAGCAUUGGACAUUCUCAGAGGUGCUGUGAUGAUCGUUUAUCCGAUGGGACUUCCGCCUCACGAUGUUAUUCAACAAGAAUUCGAGAAUACGGAAGAUUUGAGCGGGACUCAAGCAUCACUUGAGGUCAUCGACGUGCAACUGGCACAACUUUGGUUCUCAGGAAAAGAAAUGAUAAUAGGAAAGAAAUUAAAGGAUUAUUUGGGGAUGAAUGAAAAGACAAAAAUCAUUGUGAAACUGCAGAAAAGGGGAGCUGGAAAACCUGCUCGUGAACCAUUGAUGUCAGAAGAAGAACGAAAACAACUAAUGCUGCAUGCUUACAGACGUCAAGAACAGCUUAAGAAACUUGAGCAAGACGAUGACGACCAGUAUCUCGACUCCCCCUGGGCCGACGGCGGCAGUCUGAAGCGUCACUUUCAAGGUUUGAACAACAUCUCCUGGAAACCGCAUUAAGCGGUGCCCCAAGAACGGGAUCUAGAAAAGAAGAAGAAGAAGAGAGAGAAAGAGAAAGAGAGAGAGAGACGAAAAGAAAAAUAAUUUUUCUUCAACAUAGCUUAUUCAAGUCAUCGACCGCGAAUACAGCUAAUAUUCUCUCACCGACUACCAAAAAUGGAGAACGAGAAUUAAAAGAAUAAAAAAAAAAAAAGAAAAGAAGAAGAAGAAGAAAAAGAAAAAGAAGAAAUCGCAAUGGCAAACGUAGCUUCAGAUAUUUCCACGGAUACCACGGAGUAAAUCAGUGGUGCACGAUGCUCAAAUGUAAGAGUUUCGAAAGGAACGGGCGUCGAUUUGCGUCCAAUUAAAAAAAAA